AUUAACACCGUAUUUGAAAGAAUAGAAUCCAGUCGAUAAUACCACGGAAAAUUUCAUCUUAGCUGCUCUUCAGUGUUGGAGUCUUUUAAGGACAUUUCUCGAGGAAAAAGAAGGUUGAGAACCUGUCACGUUAUCUUUUUAAAUCCUGCAUAAUCAGGUAACGUUUAGGUAGAUACCAAGAUAUAAAUACGAUGGGUUUUCAUUUAUGUGCAAAGAGGCUGUGUUUGAGCUCUAGUAUCAUAUCCUUUGCAUGAUGUUGUACUAUGUAGCGCAGACUUAAUUUAGAAAAAGUUCAGUUAUCAUGAAUGAGUCCGACAAAACAUGGAAAUUGCUAAGUCGCUGGCAAAUUUGUGUAUGUUUGGAUUGUGUCUUCAAAAUACUCGAUUACUAAAUUUUGCCUGCUGUGCUUUCUUGAUCGAGCCAGCCUCGACCGAGACAUAUGCAUUUGCUCCAAAAGCUUCAUGGAAACUAAAUUCUUUCGGGAAAACGUUUGAUGCGGAGACCGUUAGGUAAACCAUAGAAACCAAACUUGUUGUUAUGGACGCCCUCAUAUUUACACCAUGUUGUGUGCAUCAGCUGAAACAUUAACGACGGUUAUCUAAGUGAUCCUGUCUAGAUCGUUAUUUUUUCAUGGAUGAGAUAUAAAAAUGUCAGGAAAAGGUCGAAAGGAGACAAGAUUUUCUUUAAAACGAAAAAGGAGGUACGUCCAAUAAGACGAAGAAUUAAAGGUAAUCUUUGUAAUCUUUUAUGGUGUUCAAAGCGGAUCUCUUUUCAAUCGAAAUUCAAUAUCAUGUAUUUUUGAGUGAAUCGAUACCAGGAAAUGUUCAGCAUGGUUUCCUUAGACGACUUAGACAUCGACUUCAUUGCGAAAAAUGGCGCUUUUAUCGAAGUUUACGAGGAAGAAAGAGCUUAAAAUAUAUUAACAGCUUGUCGACUUUCAUUUUCUAAUUAUGCAAAUUAGUCUUAGCAACAUGCUUAUCCAGGGGUGUGAGACUGAAACAAAAGCAGACAUAACAAAACAACAAUUAUCUUUCAGGAUUAGCUUUAGGCUGCGUUAUGCGGUAUAAUUUUUGAGUGAGGGAGAGAAAGAUUGUUUAAGGACGCACAGUUUUUUACCUUCAUGGACCAGUUCUUGAAUUGCGGAAAUGAGUAUAAUUGAUAAGCUUUCCUUUCUUGGUUGAACGAUAUUAACGGUUUCAAAGAUAACUUGGUAAAACUGUCCGCUAGCUCAACGGACAACUAUGUUUUCUAUGCUAAUGAAUUUGAAGAAUUAAAAGCCUUAUUCCUUUUAUGGCAUCGUACUUCGAGUCUUUGUUUAAAUUAUUCAUCACUUGUAGAUAUGUUGUUGUUAUUUUUUAAUUCAGCUUAUUCACGCCGAACAGUGACUUUCCCACUGAAACAUAAACUACCCAUUUCCUGUGGGACUGAUAUCAGAUAUUCAAUACAAACAAUCCAAUAACACCCUUCCCCUAUAUUUUCAGAAAACACUCAGUAGCCAUGGGAAAGCACCAUAUAAUGCUGUCUUACCAGUGGAACAAACAGGAUCUGGUGGAAAAAGUGUAUCACGGCCUACGUGAACACGGGAUAGAUGCUUGGAUGGAUACUCACGGUGGAGUCACGGGGAACAUUAAUGACAGGUGCGCGUGCGCUACGCGCGAAACUCGCAUUUACUUAUUGCCUCAUGUUUGUCUUUUCUGUUUUACCAUAUAAUAUAUUAAUGAAGUUUUAUUCAAGGGCAACUUUUUUAUCAACAAUCUAAAGCAUGUUAUUCGAAUGCAGUUGUGCUUUCAGUGAGCGACUGACUUCGAAACAACUGUUCACUGGUCAUCCGUCCGUUGACAUAAUCAGUUCAUUAAAUUGAUUUUACUGUUAACCGUAUGCCUUACCUGCGAUCAGAUGCUAUGUUUCCAUAGUCCAUAAUCCUUGCCGGAAACAAAAUGCUUAUUUAAUUUCACUAUUUCUAGCAUGGCCAAGGGAGUGGAUGGAGCGGCCGUCGUCUGCUGUUUCAUGUCAGCGGAUUAUUUCGUAAGUUUAGGAUUUUAAGUACAACUAACUCGGACAAAGCUGAUAAUUUUCUUACCUAGAUUUUGAUAACUGAUCCCUCACGAAACGAUUGACUCAACAGCCGGACCAGACUGUCAAAUUUCUGGGGGGGGGAGGGGGAGGGGGAGGAGAAAUUUAAAAAAGCCUAUCAUGUUUGAAUACAGUUCGCUUUUGUCCAUUUUAGGGCUCAAAGAACUGCAAAAAGGAAUUGAACUACGCAGACGCUCAAUCAAGAGCCAUCGUCCCUGUGAUGUGCGAGAAAGGGUUUAAAGCGACAGGCUGGUUAGGUGUUAUCACUGCUGGGCUUCUGUGGGUCGACUUUAGGUAAAUAAGCCACUUCUUCUUCGAUAUGAGCUCGUUUAUUGACAUUGUAUCAAAAAGGUUUCGUGUUUCACUCUGUUUGUCAUAUCAUGUUGUUGAGGGCCUCAUCAUGAAUGAAUACAGUACAUUUUCUUUCAUUCCUGUGCGAGGUGUCCACGCGGUAAUGUACAGCCCUGUCUUCUCGAAUCAAAUCUUUUGCGCCUGUGCGAGAUAACUGCUUCCUUUACGGUCGAUUUCUCUCAGACUGUUCUCUUAAGGCUUCUUAGCCUUCAUUUGAGUGAUUGCUUUUUUGUCUUAAUAAUAGGGAGGGAACUGUAUUCAAGAAUUCACUCGAGUCCCUAGUUAAGGAGAUAAUUAACUCCCUGGAGUCUGUGCCCGUAGAUGAUAUCAAGCUGAAUCCCUCGGAGAAGCCAAAAGCACCUGUCGCGAAUGCUCCAAAAAUCGAGAUAAAAAAGAAACCUGGACGAGCCUUCCAACACAAACUCACUGGAAAAUUCUUGGCGGAGUCAGGUACAAAAUCUCAUUUUAUGAGAAUUGACUCGUAGUGACAAGUUAACUCUAGGAGUUCUCCAAAUAACGUUCUCUGAUGACCAUAAGAAUAUUCAGUUUGAUGUUCUGAGUUCGGAUGUUCUCUUUCAAUCCAGGCCAAGUGAAGUUUCACCCAGCAAGUGGCAACCGCAGCACUUUGGUUAUGAGAGACCGAGCUGAGGAUACAAGCUACUGGGUCGAGGAAAAGCAGCCCAAGUCAGAGAUUCAUUUCUUCAAAAAUUACGCUACCAAUGGAUAUCUAGGUUAGUGCCAUAGAAACAGGUAUGUAAGAUUGGUGUGGAAAACGAAAGACGUUCUUCGAAUUUAGGCUGCAUGAGGCAGUAGAAAAGGUGGUUUUAUUAGCUUCAAUUUCAGUAUGUGAGUUUGUUUGUAACGUGAAGUAGUUAUUGAAAUAUCAGGGAAUUUUCAGUCCUUAGAAAAACUUAUCGUUCGCUAAAUCACUGUUGUUAUUUUCUUGACAGGAUAUGACCCCAACGGCGAUUACAUCUACACCAAGGGCCAGCAUUAUGGAGCAGAGGAAUGGGUUCUAAAGGCUGAUGACAAAUCCACAGACGGCCUCCGGGCGGUCGUGUUGUUUGCAAAUUAUGGCAAGAAGUACUUGGCAAUCAGGAAUGGGAAGCUCACUGGAGUAGCACAGUAUUCUCAAGACUGUGUUUGGAUUUUGGAUUAAGAUAAGUUGACGCAUCGGUCGACUCGGUCAGCGCUGUUUCAAAUAAUCAAUGUGUACGUAGUGACAGUCGAAAGCUGCUAAUUGAGAGCCCAGAUGCAAAUUAAAGGAGUUGUUUACAACAAAUGAUAAAUAACGUGAUUAUUUCGUCCCUUUUUGAAUAAUGAAAUCAACCUUUC